AUGCGCACUACAACGCUCUCUAAACCGACCGUGCCACCUAGCGACGCGCUUGCUCUGUAUGACGCAUGCCUGAGGCUGUUUCGCUCGUUGCUGAGUUUGGAUUCUCGAGAUGUCGUCAUCCGAGAAUAUCAGACCCUCGUUUUGUGGGGGGAAGGGCGUCGCGAUCAGCUGGGCGUCGCAAUUGAGAAGUCCGAGCGACUACGAAAAGUCACUCUCCGAUCUCUUUGCUCAAUUUUGAGAGCAUUGCGAUCACUUAUGCGAAUUAUGCGUAACGAACAAACGACAUCCUCGUUGACAGAUACGGAUUUCGAGGAAUCGGACGAAUCGGACGAGGAUACAUCUGAUAGCAGCAGUGACGACACAGAUGCUGGAGUGGAAGAUCCUUUUUCCUUUAGAACUUCGCGCCUUAGUUCAGUCAAAGAGGGUGGUACUCGGGCAAGAUCCGAUGUGGAUACCCCAGACCCGCGCAAGGGAAAAGAACCGUUCAAUGCAGUGGAGACGGAGAGAACGGAGAUAUCUCAGGGCUCUUCAGCAUCAGCAUCGCUCAAAAACCCAGACAGAGACGACACGACUUCCAUGCUUAUCUUUGACUCGGAUUUCGCUGAGAAGCUUGACGAUCUUCGAGUAUAUGUUCAAGGACUCGUUGACCUGGGUAGCACCAUCGAGCAGCCCGCCGACCACAAUAAGGACUCGAGACAAAUAUCGGAAAGACACCUCUCCAAAUCGCUUUCUUCGCUACUCGAGCCUGCGGCGUAUACUGGACAAAUACAAGUCCGGUUUCCCAAGAUUCGCGCAGAGCUUGCAACAGAGCUUGGAGUGCUUAACUAUAUACGUUUCGUGAGGCUCCAACUACGACGACAAACGAAUCGCGGGACAUCAGUGACAUCCGAGGGUGUGUACACACCAUCCAUUACCUCUACUUCACCCGGAGGCUCUGCUGUCCGCGUACCUCCAUUGCCAAGUGAGGAACUCAAUUGCAAGAGCAUUGGCUGCUGUAUCGCGUGCGGAAUGUCGGUGAAUGUUAAAGACCGUCGCCAGUGGAAAGAGCACGUUUUCCAUGACCUCCGCCCUUAUGUAUGUUUGGUUCCAGGCUGUCAGCUGGAAACCUUCAACGACCGUUCUUCAUUUGGCAGUCACCUUGUGACUUACCACGCGAACGAUCCACUCGUUACCCAACAGCAGUGUCCCAUCUGCCACAAGACUGCCUUCACGAGUCAGCCUUGUUUUCUCCUCCAUGUUGCUCGCCAUAUGGAAGAGAUAGCUUUGGCGGCAUUGCCUUCAGGUGUGGAAAGCGAUAGCCUUGUUGAAGACAAUGUGAGCACAGACGAUGAGCACGAGCUUGCAAGGGCAGUCACCACGGACCUCGAAAACAACAAUACCAAAGACAAGAGAUCGCGACCACCUCGCCACCGCAGCCUCAGCUCUAUAGAAAUUGGUUCAAGACGGUUCAGGACCCUUCGAAAACAUCCACCAGACGACAGAACCCGGUCUAAAUCCAAGACACGCACCCGGCCUCUGAUGGCCGAGACGGCAUCGGCGGAAGACCCAGCGCUGCACACGGAGCUCGUGCACAUGCUCGCCCCUCAACCCAUGGAGAUGCGAGAGAUUACUCGCAGGAUGAAGGUUUCGGAAGAGGAGAUCCGACCAACGCUGGCAAAAGUUGCUCGAGAGCAGAAAGGAAAAUGGAAAUUGGCGGAUCGGGCAUACAAAGAGCUAGACCCCUUCAGCCCAAGCGUUCGAUUUCCGACGGAGGAGGAGCGCAAGAAGGCGAUCGACAGAGCCGUCGGGGCGCUGGAUCGUCAGAGGCUCGAUCCCCGCGACGAGAUUUGGCAGAAACUCCUCCCGGAAGCCGAGCGCGGCAAAGGAAAGACUCUGUCGAGGUUGACCAGAGGCGCUUUUGCGGCUGUGGCUUUUCCGGGUGUCCUACCAAAAAGGCCCCAAGGGUAG